CCAGAACUGUGUAACGAGCGGGUAUUCAGCUGGACGGAAAAACAAAACCUUAGACAAAUUAGGAGGCGCCUUUGGCUCCAAUACAUCCCAGAAGAUUUUUUCCCAGCCUCGCGAUUUGCAGUUGCUCCCAUAGGCAGUUGUAACGGCUCCAGCGCGGCAUCUUCUUCACACGGCCAGGCCUGACGCCUCCACUCCUGGCUUUAAACAAAUACCCGUGGGAUUAAUUUGAUUGAGGGGAAGUAUCCAGCCUAAAUUAGAACUACCUUUGCUUGAUCCAGAAUCUCAGUCUUGCUCUACGCCAAGAGGCUUUUUUUCAGGCCUAAUCCAAAAAAUUUAUGUGGCCGAACAGCGUAAGAAUCGGAAAUGACGGAGUAACAAUAGCCCAAAAUUAGGAAAAGAAAGACGGAGCAACAGAUUUGAGAACUUCCUUCACGACUUCUAAACUUCUAAGCAUUAAACCUUAUUACAGAGGAGUCGACACCAGAGACGAUCGUCGAUCGAUAGUCGGACAGUCACAAAGCUGCAAUUUUUCCCAAACCCUUUGGCCCUUACUGGAUAACUCCCUAAGCCCUUGCCGCCGUUCUCACCUUCUGAUAUUUGGGGCAUGAAAGUAAAAGCAUCGGUAGUUGAAUGUUCUCUUCUUGGCUCUGUUGUUUGCUAUCAAAAAAGGUGUCCCUAUAGCUCAAUCCAGAAUCUUUCUAAACCAUCACACCCCCUGUACAAACUCAGGUUAGUUCCUUCUCAUCAUUUGCGCAUGUCUUUUGCCACUAUAAUCCCAAACCAACUCUUUUGCAAGCCACUUCUGAAAGCUGUUGGCUUCCAAACCUCAAGUGCUGCCUUUGGAAAGCUUGUCUUCGUCAAGCCUAUUUCUUUUAAUAAAGUUCCAACAAGACCAAUUUCUUCAAUGACAUCCGCAUCUUCAUCACAAUCAUCUUCUGGAUCUUUACAACCCAUUGAAGACUUGCCCCUAAAGCUUCAAGAGAUAGUCAGGCUUUUCCAAGAAGUAGAGCAGCCCAAGGCCAAGUAUGAACAGCUUUUGUUUUACGGGAAGAAUUUGAAACCUUUGGAUGCUCAGUACAAGACUGCUGAGAAUAAGGUCCAGGGGUGUGUUUCACAGGUCUGGAUCAGGGCAUUCCUUGAUGAAAAUAAAAAUGUCAUCUUUGAGGCUGAUUCUGACUCGGUGCUAACUAAGGGCCUUGCAGCUUUGCUUGUUCAAGGACUUUCUGGAUGCUCUGUUGAUGAGAUUGUGAGGGUAUCACCUGAUUUUGCAGUACUGCUUGGACUGCAACAAAGUUUAACACCGUCUAGGAACAAUGGGUUAUUAAACAUGCUGAAGUUGAUGCAGAGGAAGGCUCAAAUGUGUGGGGAAACUGAAAAUAAGGGAAGUUCAAACCCUGAUGAGGGUGCUGGUAAGCCAGAUGAGAGCAUGAAUUUGGGAGUGAGUGAUUAUGGGAAUGGGGAUGCGAAGACUGGAGUCAAUUCUGAAGAGACUGGUGGCAGUGAUGACAAAGAAGUAUCACGUGAUAGUGUUGCUUUGGGAAGUCGGGGGAUCAGAAUAAGAGAUACACUGGAGAUGGAGCUUAGCCCUUGUGAUUUACACGUCGAAGAUGUAUCAUAUCAGCAUGCUGGCCAUGCUGGAAUUAGGGGAAGAACCCAUGGAGAGACACACUUCAACGUGAAAGUGAUUUCUGAGAAGUUUGAGGGGAAGAGUUUGAUUAAGAGGCAUAGAUUGAUUUAUGAUUUGUUGCAGGAGGAGCUGAAGGGUGGACUUCAUGCACUGUCCAUCACUGCUAAGACACCAUCUGAAGUAAGUAGUAAGUGAGGUCUACAGCCUGAAAAUGGUCUCAGGUUUCCUUCUCAUUUACGCUGUUAUUGAAAUGAGUUAAUAUCGGUACCCACUGUUGUUGGCUUUCUUUCUGCUUCCCUUUAGGACUAUAUAAAGCAUAAUGAAUUUCCAAAAUUGUGCCCAUUGUGAUCGAGAACUAGGUUUCUGAUAUGCCUUAUUCACCUUGGAUUUUUUUUUUGUUUGGGAAAUUAAACAAAUGAAAAGCUAUGAAACAUAUCUUCUGUAAAGGAUGCCAGCUGGAGUUUUGUUAGUUUCUUGCUUUACUUUGUCUACGUUUGGGUAAUUGACUUUGUUUUGCUACACCCUGCUUCUCUUCCG